CGACGGCGCCGCCAGGGGGCACUCGGUCUCCAGCCUGGUCGUGUGCCGCCGAGCUGCCUGGUCUCCCAGCGACGCGGCGCUCGCCCGGGGGCGCGGGGGGCGCGCUGGCCUCGCAGUGCUUCCCGGGUCGGCUCCCGCGGCCGCGGGUCCGAGGUGGCGGCUGAAGCAGACAAUGGCGCCUGGACUGCUGUGGCGCCGGCUUGGCCCUUCUGUGGGGCCACUUUUUCUGCAGCUUUUUACCCCCAUGAGUCAACUCUUUCGAAGUGCGAUACAGAUGUGAAAGCGCUUUCCUGGCCUGUGUUUCUCGACGCUUCUCCACAGCCCGGGGAGCGUUGAUGGCGUUGAAUGGAACCAGAGAGAUAUCCACAAAGGUGCUGGCUGACUGGUGGGGAUGGAAAGCCGCCCUGAGGCAGCUGACCACCUGCACUGGCCCAGGUUGGAGCGGCUGUCCUGUCAUAAAGCCCCCUAAGAUGUGAUGUCACACACAGAGAUCACUCUCCCUGCGAAAGGGAGGGGCUGUAUUCUGGACUCCUAGCCUUAGCCGGCUCAGUGCCCUUCUCAGAGGAAAGGCGGGCAGGCUGCCUGAACACUGCCAUGGUCAAAGGAAAGGUCAAGGUUGGCGUAUUUGGUAAGUGGCUCAAAGGCAGUAAGCAUCCUAAGCAGGUAAAAAUUGUCUUUGCGACUCCUAGCCUACCUUUUGGGCUUCCCUUCCUACUUGGCCUGCCCCUUCUCCUCUCCUUCAGGACUCAUUUUCUCUCCUUCCCUUCUCCAAACCUCCUCUCUGAAAAAGCCUGAGAGCUUGGCUCACAAUAGUUAUACACAUGACUAGCAAAGCUUAUGCCGGAGACCCCGCCAGUAGUAUUCCCAGAGGUGCCCCAGGGACCCCAGGGUGCUGUAGCGCCCUGCGGAGAUGAAGUGAGCCAGGCCUGGAGGGGCCCCUGGAUUUGGUGCCCAGGAGCAUGUUGGUGAUUUUGGUGAGAGGGGUUUCAAGAACUUGUGGGGUCAGACACAGAUAGAGGUGGGCUGUGGGGCGUGGACGGCUCUCUCCAGGAGACCCAUGUGAAGGGGAGGGGCCAAUUAGGACCCUCACUGAGAAGGGUUGUGGGUUCAGAGAGAGGGGCUUUUUUUUUAAUGGAAGAGAUGAGUGAUGUGUUUAAAGGCUGAUGGAAGGAGCCAUUAGAGAAGGAAAAGCUGAAUAUAUGAGAGAGGAGACCCCAAACGCCCAGGUUGUGAGACGACCAGAUGGAAUGCAGCACAGAGGGGGCGAUCUCAGAGGGGAGGGCAGCCCCUCCCUGGAGGAGGAAUUGGCCUGUGAGAAGCAGAGAAUGAAUGGGAGGGUUUGGUGGCAGAAGGUGAAGGGAGCUCGCAUCUUGUGAAGGUUUAAAUCUUUAGAAGAUUCUGAAACGGUCCCUGUGGAGAAUGGGAGCUGCCUCGGGAGGCGGAGCUCACUGGCCUCAUCCAGGGUCCAGCUCACAUUGGAGACCUUGACUUGCCAUGGUGCCAGUUUGUCGGGAAUGCUGACACUGAUGGGGGUUCCAGACAGAAUAGUUUGAGGAAGCUGGGGAAUCGCCCUCAGUGCUCCCCAAAUUAUUCCCCAAAUGCUCUGUAACCCAGAAAAUACUUUAAAGUGUUUUAAAUCAUUAUUAUUUACGGUUAUCGUUCACCACAUACACCUGGGGACAUUUUAUGCUAAAUGUUCAAUAGACCUACACCUCUCUCCUUCGUCUUAGCCCACCCCCUUUCCCAUUGUUUUCCCUGGGACCUCCCUUCCCAGCUCUGAGGCACAAAAACCAUCUUCCCUUUGGAGCUCUUGGGAGAAAUUUCUGAGCAGUUCCCAAGCUCCUGGAAGUCCCCCUCCUUAGUUUGACCAUCAGGCCGUCCUCUGGCUGAGCCUGGCCCGUGGAGGUCCUUGCUGUCCCCUGGCUGCCUCUGGCCUGUUGUGACUCCUGCAGGCCACGGAGUCCAGGAACACUGGGGCCCCGGGCCUGUGAUGCCUUGACUGUUGCCUAUCCUUUCUCCUUAGACUGAAAAUGGUGUUUGGUAUAUGCUGCCAGAAGGAGAGGCUCUACAGGGCCCUGUACGUAGUGCAGAUCUUCAUUCUUGCAGGAAUGGUAUACUAUUAUUUCCAGGAGUCUGUGGGGAAAACAGCUCCUGACCAUGCGAUUGCUGGGGAAUCAUCACCGCCCAUAGGAGAGACCUUAAGGCCGCUGUGGGGGCUGAUGGAUAAGUGCUACCCCGCGGCCAUUCAGAGACGCAGAGUCAGGAGUGGGAAGAAGCAGGCCUCCAAGGCCACAGCCCCUGAGACCCCGGGCGGACUGAAUGAUGCUGCCCCCAAGGAGACGGACAUCCUGUCUCAGGGGGAGAAAGACCGGGAGGGGCAGGGGAGGGUCCCAGGCCAGGGAGCAGCCAGCCCCACUCCUGCUGGAAAGGAAGUGGCUGAGGAGAAGGAGGUGGCAGGGAGCCCAGGCUGGGAGGGAGAUAAGAAGGUCCCAAAGGAGCUGGCUCUACCUCCUGCUGGUAAGAGAGCCCAGCCCACCCCGCCUCCCUCCCUCCCCUCUGUGACCCCGAGGAGCCCCCAGGGAGCCCACACCCUCCUGGCCCAGGGAGCCCUGAAGGACCCUCCUCAGCCCACUCCCCAGGGACGUGGAUGGGAGGAACCCUGGUGUCAGUGCUGCCCCAUCAGAUCGCGCUGCCCUGGCCCUGAGGAAGGUUCCUCUGGCAGGCGACCUGCAGGGCCUGCCUCCUUAUGUUUGUAGGGGCCUCUGGGGUGCAGAGCCAGAAGGAAAGGCCUGGCGGGUGGGCCCCCCAGCUCCUGAGGAAGCUCUGGCUGGGCUGGUUCCCGGUCUCUGACAGCCCUGACACUCAGGAGCACGAGUGACAAUCCAAUAAACGCACAGGUGAUGCCGCUGUG